UGCAAAUACUGUUGAAGUUAGCUUUCUGUCUCGAGUUCGAGCCACACCAAAACGAAAAGUGAAAGAAAGUAACAUUUGAGGAAGUAGAUGACGAGACGCCGAGGACACAAUCCACCCACUGCUGAAUUAACUCUUACUGUCCCACUCGACUGCGUUUUUUGAGCGCAUCCAGGAAGCUCGUGAGUGCACCGCUCUACAACUCUAUGGCAAAAUGUGCGCGUGGUGGUGCGCAUGCUGAAGAGGGACACUUUCAAGCAGUGUGAUGCUCAGGCGUUAUGGAGGAGAAACCUGCAUCUUAUGAGCGAGUUGUUUACAAAAACUCCUCAGAGUACCACUACAUGAAAAUCAAACUAGUUUGUGAAAACCGCAGCAAAACCCUGAGUCCAGAACAGUUUAAGCAGUUGAUAAUCUCUGGAGUCAAAGACCUAUACGGAGAGGUUGGAGCUGCUUUUCCAUUUGAUUUGCUGACAUUUGAUCAGAGCACAUUAUCAGCCAUACUGCGUGUGUAUAACAGGGGUCUGGUGAAAUUGUGGAGUGCACUAACACUGAUCGGAGCAUAUGAAAAUGAGCCAUGUGCUUUUAGAGUCACACAGGUCUCGCCAUUCUUGUUAGCUUUAUCUGGAAACAGUCGCGAGAUGGAGCUGUACUAGUUUGCAUGUGAAAUGGCCUUCAUUCUCAGAAGAACCUUGUUUGGGAAAAGUGUGAGCCAUGUUCUGAGCGCAGCAGUAUUCG